AUGACUGGCAUGAACGCCAAUGGCAUUGUUGAUCAGGCCUAUAUUGAGCUUCUGGCAGCCAAACCCGUAUGCGCGGGAGCCGAACGUAGAUGUAAGUCGGUGGUAUUCCAGUUUGACAUUGCUGGCAGGUUUGUGCAUCGGAGGAGUUCUGAAAUUCGCAAAGCCAGCAUCGAUUUGGGUCAGGAGGAGCAACGUUUGUCAUGA